AGAUGGAAGAAGAGCCCAAGCACGAUGAAGCUUUUGAGAGCUUACAAAGCCAGUCCAACCACUCUGAAGUUACAACGCAGAAGAGGGACAUUGAGAAGAGCAACAAGGCUGCGAAUAGUCAAAACGGAGGUGAGCCAGAGCACCAGCCGGUUGCCAAGCGCCGGCGCCUGACCCGCCGAGAUAUGCAGCAACCCAUGGAGAUCGGGGGUCCAAGCUCAGUAAAGAUAGAACUUGCUGAUGGUGUGAAGGUCAAGAAGGAGAAACAUGCGGAGCAGGAAAUCGGUUUUAAAAGACAAGAUAAGGAGAAGAUGGGGCUGGAUGAUCUUUGGCUCAAGGUUCACAAGAAAGUCAAUGAGCAGUCAUUGAUGACAUUUCCAGCUGCAAACGCCGCCGCAGAAAAUGCUCUGAAACCACCGGAAAGCGAGUCAGGCAUUAACCAAGUGCAGACGUCUGCCCAGCAACAGCUGGAACCAAGUGCAUUUGGCAUGGAAGAUGCUUCAAGAUCGAAAGCAGACGAGGAUUCGGCCAAUCCCGAAGAGAGCUCCUUGGAUGCAUUCGCUUCACACGCAGCGACCUGGGCAAAGCAGUGCUUGGCUUUUCGGAGUUCCAAGACUUGGAGUCCCACCAGGCCUUGUUGCCCUGCGAAUUUCUUUUUGCGCUUGGCGAAUGAAACUCCAUCUCCUCCACCACCAGAUGCGCCAGCAUGCGUGCUGCGUCUCACUGGACAUGGCUUGCGGUGCUUGCAGCGCUCUCACGAAAAGCACGACUUGCAUAGCAUGACGUUCCAGAGUCAGGCAGAGGCAUCUCGGACGCCCCUGGACAUGUCGCCACAAGAGCCAACACUAGAUUGCGACUUGAGCAUGCAG